AGACGGGUCGGGGGCGUGGAUACAAUACACCCCUCUCCUCUCUCCGCCCCCCAAAUAGAUUUUUUUUUUUACUGCAAUUACAAUAAUCUGCCCCCGGAGCCUUAGAAAAGCAACCCCGAAGUCUUUUCUAGAGAGGCAGCAAGGACUCCCCCUGCUCUGUUGGACUCUGAUUUGAUUGUAUAAUCCCGAUGAUAUAAUGCUAAUGACGAUGAUGACACUGCCUUUUAUUUUUACCUUGGCUCUUUUAAAAGCGUAGCUACAGCUCCGGGUAAAGCAUUGGGGUGGUCAGAUGUGAAAGGGUUUGCUACUGCUGCUCCGGGAGUUUUACUUUGCUUUUGUUUUUGAAGCCAUUUUCAGGAUUGAAAUUGGACAAAAUGAAGGCUUUGUAUUUUUCAUCCAGUUAUGUCUCAUGCUGACCGAAAAAAGGGGGGGGGGGGCGAACUGCUGCCUUGUUUAGGGAAAAGGAAGAGACUUUUUAGCCACAUGUAAUUAAGUGUGUUUUCACUUUAUUCUCCCCUCCCCUUCAAAUCUUUGACAAGCAGUAUCUAAAAAUGAAGAAGUUUAAUUUCCGCAAAGUUUUGGAUGGUUUAACUGCCUCAUCCCCUGGCAGUGGCAGCAGCAGUAGUGGUAACAGUGGCGUGGGGACUGGAGGUGGCUCUAUCCAGCUUGGAGGGACUGCAGGGGUUCUCAGAGAAGAGAUACAGGAAACCCUAACUUGAUACUUCCAAAUUUGCAAGACGGUCCGGCAUGGGUUUCCUUAUCAGCCUACAGCCUUAGCUUUUGAUCCAGUCCAGAAAAUUUUGGCCAUUGGGACAAGAACAGGUGCUAUACGAAUAUUGGGCAGGCCUGGUGUUGAUUGUUAUUGCCAACAUGAAAGUGGUGCAGCAGUACUGCAACUUCAGUUCUUAAUCAAUGAGGGUGCUUUGGUCAGUGCAAGCUCAGAUGAAACACUUCAUUUAUGGAACCUUAGGCAAAAACGGCCAGCCAUACUACAUUCUCUUAAAUUUAACCGAGAACGAAUUACUUACUGUCAUCUACCUUUCCAGAGUAAAUGGCUCUAUGUUGGAACAGAAAGAGGAAAUACACACAUUGUAAAUAUUGAAUCUUUCAUUCUUUCUGGAUAUGUUAUCAUGUGGAACAAAGCAAUUGAACUAUCCACAAAGACUCACCCAGGUCCAGUUGUACAUUUAAGUGAUAGUCCAAGGGACGAAGGGAAACUGUUAAUAGGCUAUGAAAAUGGAACUGUGGUGCUCUGGGACUUGAAAUCAAAAAGAGCAGAACUGAGAGUUUAUUAUGAUGAGGCUAUUCAUUCAAUUGAUUGGCAUCAUGAGGGCAAACAGUUCAUGUGCAGCCAUUCAGAUGGCAGCUUGACUCUGUGGAACCUGAAAAGUCCAAGCCGUCCUUUCCAGACCACAAUUCCACAUGGGAAAAGUCAGAGAGAUGGAAGAAAACCUGAAUCUUGUAAACCAAUUCUUAAAGUUGAGUACAAGACCUGUAGGAACAGCGAACCAUUCAUAAUCUUUUCUGGUGGACUGGCCUAUGACAAAGCUUGUAGAAGACCAAGUUUGACCAUCAUGCAUGGAAAAUCCAUCACGGUUCUUGAAAUGGAUCACCCAAUUGUUGAAUUUCUAACUCUCUGUGAAACCCCCUACCCAAAUGAAUUUCAAGAACCUUAUGCUGUAGCAGUGCUUCUGGAGAAAGAUCUCAUUGUAGUUGACCUGACACAAAGCAAUUUUCCGAUCUUUGAAAAUCCUUAUCCCAUGGACAUUCAUGAAUCACCAGUUACCUGCACAGCCUAUUUUGCUGACUGUCCUCCGGAUUUGAUUCUAGUACUCUAUUCGAUAGGAGUUAAGCAUAAAAAGCAAGGAUACAGCAAUAAGGAAUGGCCAGUCAGUGGAGGGACCUGGAACAUUGGGGCACAAACAUUUCCAGAAAUUGUUAUUACAGGUCAUGCAGAUGGAUCAAUAAAGUUUUGGGAUGCUUCUGCAAUAACUCUACAGAUGCUGUACAAGUUAAAAACAUCAAAAGUAUUUGAAAAACAGAAGAUAGGAGAUGGAAAACAAACAUCUGAAAUUGUAGAGGAGGACCCUUAUGCCAUCCAGAUGAUUUAUUGGUGUCCUGAGAGCAGAAUAUUCUGUGUAGCAGGAGUCUCUGCAUAUGUCAUUGUUUACAAAUUCAGCAGGCAUGAAAUUACUACUGAAAUAGUGUCAUUAGAGGUACGACUUCAAUAUGAUGUUGAAGAUAUCAUUACUCCUGAACCAGAAACAAUUCCUCCGUUUCCAGAUCCCUCUUCCCAGCUUCCUUCUUCGAAGAGUCUUUCAGGGAGUACCAACACUGUAGCAAGUGAGGGAGUGACAAAGGACAGUAUCCCUUGCCUCAGUGUUAAGACACGACCUGUUCGGAUGCCUCCAGGUUAUCAAGCAGAACUUGUUGUUCAGCUGGUGUGGGUAGAUGGUGAACCUCCACAGCAGAUCACUAGUCUCACUGUGAGCUCUGCUUAUGGCAUUGUUGCAUUUGGGAACUGCAAUGGACUGGCGAUUGUGGAUUUUAUGCAAAAGACAGUGUUGCUAAGCAUGGGAACCGUUGACCUGUACAGAUCAAGUGAUCCAUACCAAAGACAGCCAAGGUCUCCUCGAAAGAACAAGCAAUUCAUUGCAGGUAUGACUGAACUCACUGAUAGUCCUGUUCCCCUGGAACUUGAGCGCUGCAAGUCUCCCACUUCAGGAUUUGCUACCAGAACUGCAGAGGCAGCACCAGGCUUUUAUAGGAAUGAAUCACCAGCUGUGAGACAGAGAAAUCAAGCCCAUCAUUUACCAGUUAAAGGAUCAAGAAAGUUAAGUCUGCCAACAGAUCUUAAGACUGAUCUUGAUCAUGUAAAUGGACAUUGCACCAGUCCUACUUCUCAGAGUUGCAGUUCUGGAAAACGUCUUUCUAGUGCUGAUGUUUCAAAAGUAAAUCGCUGGGGUCCUGGACGACCACCAUUCCGAAAGGCACAGUCAGCUGCUUGUAUGGAAGUUUCUCUACCAGUAACAACAGAAGAAAGCCGAGAAAACUCCUAUAAUCGUUCUAGAAGUUCUAGUAUCUCCAGCAUUGACAAAGAGGCUAAGGAAGCAAUUACAGCUUUACACUUCAUGGAGUCCUUUGCACGGAAAAAUGACAUGACAAUCUCCCCAUGUCUGUGGGUUGGAACUAGUCUGGGUAUGGUGUUAAUGAUCUCAUUUAACCUGCCUUCAACAGAUGAACAAAGGUAUACAGAGCCAGUCCUGGUAUCUCCAAGUGGAACAUUACUGACUCUAAAAGGAGCUGUUCUAACAUUUUCCUGUAUGGACCGUCUGGGGGGAUUAAUACAUCCACCAUAUGAAGUUUGGCGGGACCCAAACAGUAUGGAUGAUAACGAAAAAGGAAGAAAAAGGAAACUGGUCAUGAAUUCCCCGUCAACUUCCCAGGAAAUGGGAGAUCAUCAGUACGCAGUUGUCUGCUCAGAAAAACAAGCCAAAGUCUUCUCCUUGCCUUCCCAGACCUGCCUUUAUGUUCAUAACAUCACAGAGACAUCCUUCAUAUUGCAAGCGGCUGUGGUAGUCAUGUGCAACAGUGCCUGUCUGGCCUGCUUUUGUGCCAAUGGCCACAUCAUGAUAAUGAGCCUACCUAGUCUCCGCCCAAUGUUGGAUGUUAAUUAUCUGCCUCUAACAGAUAUGAGGAUAGCACGGACAUUUUGUUUUACCAAUGAAGGGCAAGCGUUAUAUCUCGUCUCUCCCACUGAAAUACAGCGAUUAACUUACAGUCAAGAAAUGUGCGACAAUCUACAGGACAUGCUAGGAGAAUUGUUUACUCCAGUAGAAACACCUGAAGCUCAGAACAGAGGCUUCCUCAAGGGACUGUUUGGUGGAAGUGGACAAACAUUUGACAGGGAAGAGCUAUUCGGGGAAGCUUCAGCAGGAAAAGCGUCUAAAAGCCUUGCCCAGCACAUUCCUGGGUCAGGAGGAAUCGUAGGAGUCAAGGGAGCCGCCGGAGGGGUAAUGGGAGAGUUGACUCGCGCUCGAAUUGCUCUAGAUGAAAGAGGACAGAGGUUGGGUGAGCUGGAGGAGAAGACGGCCGGGAUGAUGACCAGCGCCGAAGCAUUUUCCAAACAUGCACAUGAGUUGAUGCUGAAGUAUAAGGAUAAGAAAUGGUACCAGUUUUAAGGCUGCUACAGAGACUGCAACAGCACUAAGAAACCAUCAUUCAGGGAAACAGUUUAUUCCCAGAAUCACCAUUCAACUGCUAGAAGCCACAGUUUCUUCUGUGAAAUGUUUCACAGUGAUUCAUCUGAGGUUACCACAAGGGAGACUUAAACAGGGAAGGUUGUCAACCCAAAGACUGGACCCCCGACUUAGAUUGGUCUUCUAGUGUCCAUUCCAAGAUUCUGUUGUAACUCACCUCCUCCCAAGUGGAAUGGAGCUGUCAUCUCGGCAUGUAGUUUUUCUGAGGCAUUCUGUGUAAGAACCACGGGGAGUCUUUCUGGCUAAAAAUAUCCUGUACAAACUAAAACAUUAAUGCACUUAAUAAAAAAACAAAAACCUUUGCAUGAUAAAUUAACAUCUUAAGAGGAAAAGAAAAAAAAGCAUGUUGUGACAGAAGAAAAAAAGAUUUAUGGUAAGCAAAGCAAACUAUUUUAAAGAUCAGCCCAAUUCUACAAUUAAAAACAAAUCUGCAUUAGAAGAUGCCCAUGCAUUUCAAGCAUAUUUGCUAUACACAACUAAGGGGGGGAAACAACCACCAGAGUCCCUUCUCAUCUCUAACUUAUAUUUUUCAUGGAACUAAUGACAUGACCGACUUUUUAUGGGCAAGAGUCUGGUUAACAUUCUAUUCUCUCCAUUAAGUCUUUGCAUUAUUCAGAGUUCUUGAGUUGUAACACCUGGCCAUUGUCCAGUGCAGGAAACAAUCCCCUACUAAAAUUCGUCUGUUUUCUCAGGAUGAGCUGUGAGUUUCCAGUAAGAAACUAAUAGAGGAACUGUAUUGUUUUAAAAGCCUGGAUUGGAAAUUCUACUGGGAGCUAAUGGGAGGUUUGGAAAGCAAGCCUGUGCUAUUGUAGCCAUUUUGUUAGCUUUGGGAGUUCAGCGAGUGAAAACAUGCCCAGCAGUUGUUUAAGAGGGGUUGGAACAUGUGUAAAAUGUUCUGUGUCCUUGUUUACCCAUUUCCUUGUAAAUGACAAAUAAAACCCAGCAAGCCCUUUUUCCUUAAUAGCUCUUGACCACCCCAAACGCCACUUUUCAAAAACCUAACUAAUCUGUUUUGUGUGAUUCAGUAAAAUAAUGAUUAACCAGAGCAUUCAAGGCAUGGGAUGAAUAUCCUGGUUCAUUCCGAUCUUCUAGCUGAAGCUUUGACCAAAAGAAAUCCUUUUUUUGCAAGCUGUGCUCUAGUGCAGAGAAAGAAUAAGAAAACCUGUAUUUAAAGACCAGCUUUGCUCCUUAUGACCUUUGUGACCUUGCGCAAGUCAUUUUCUCUCUGAGCUUCAGUUUCCUCAUCUAUAAGAUGCACAGGUUGGGCUAGAUGAUCUAAAAGAUCUCAUCCAGAUAUAAAUCCUAUAACCCUGUUGUUUAGCACCUCAGGUCAUCAUUUUAAGCAUCAGUGAUAAUUACAAAAUGUCACAGCUAGAAGGGAUUGUAACAGUCAUCAAGUCCAACCAGUUUUUACAGGUCAGGAAGCUUGAGUUCAAAGGGGAGUCGCUCAAAGCCACAGUUAUAUUGUUAAACUCAUUUUAGACCGGCCUUGAACCUAUAAAGGCCAGACCUAAGCCCCACCCCCAAAAUGAGAUCUCUUUGAAAGAAAAAACAACACUUAGGUAUGCACACAGAAAAAUGAGACUAAUGAUAGGCCUCAUUUAUUUUAUAAAGUUCAAAGGGAGAAAAUGUAGUCUUUAUUCAGACCAAUCUAGAUAGUUAAUGGCAAAGCUAAAGCUGAGGUCUCCAGACUCUGCCUCCACAAUGGGUUGAGUCUGUUUUAACCUCUAGAAAAUGGCUUAUUUUAAAAACUCAAUCCUUGAUGUCCACCAGUUUGCUUGUGAUUUUUUUCCCUUUCCUAAAAGUGAAAUGCAAUUUCUAAAAUACCAGUUAAUUAAGGGAUCUCCUUAGUUGGGAGUCUGGUUAAUCAACGUUUUAUUGUGUUUGCAAAAACAGAAUUACCAUUUCUUCUUAAGAAUUAAUUCUUUUCUCUAAGGCUUAGUCAUUUUCACAGCCAGAAAGUGAGAUUUCAAAUUAGUUUCUUAGUGGGGAUGCCCCAUGAAUUCCUAUGCAACAGAGCUUCUACGAACACUAAAAUUUGUCAAGGAUUGAGAUGUUUGAAGGAGGCAGUAAUUUCAGGUCAUAGUAUUUGCCCCCAUCCUGAAAUAUUUCCAUUUCUUAGAACCUCCCCAGAUCACUGAAAUGCCUUGAUGUGACAGUUCCUGGUUGGGGGAGGUGAAGGGGAACAUGCACUUGAGAUUAGUGAAUUGUAAAUAGUAGAAAUAUUUGGGAACUUAGAAGCCAAGUCUGCACAGUGCAUUGACAGCUGUAAUGCAGCAUCUAUAUCAUCAAGGUCAAGGACCUUCUAAAUUAUCUAAGUUGGGGAUGUGGAAUUUCCUAUACACUUUUCAUUUUGACUAAGAAAACUAAGAGGUACUUUGUAAGUGUACAACUGAAAAUGUCAGCCACCAGCUUUCCCCCAAACGAAAUCAUUCAAAUGUCAACCAACAUUACUGUACAAAUUUAGCAGUGAAAAUGCUUCAGCAAAAACUAUGAUUUUAAAGUUUGAACUUUUCAUUUUAUGAUGAAAUAAAAUACCUAUUUUGACGGGGGAACCGAUCAAGCCUUUGUGCUACUCUUUCUCAAGGAAGCAGCAAUGUGCAAUGGCUGUUUAUAUGGCCAGGAUGGUGUCCUUGAAGGAGUGUGGCAAGGUGACCAUUUCCUUCUUCCUCCACACAUGCUGCUCAGCAUCCAUCUCUACCCCAUCCCCAUGGGUGCUGGCAUGUCUGCUAAUACUCAAAUGUCAACCAGCCACUUAACUUUCCGGAUAUUACCAGGGUUUCAGACAAAAUAGUGAUGUCACAACAUAGAAGCCCUAGUUGGAAAUAGUGCAGGUAAACCGGCCAUCCUAAUUUGACAGUCCUAUUUUUGACAACCCAGGGGGAGGUGUCUUGGGAGAUGACUAAUUCAGCACCCCUUGCUGCUGUAGGUAACCUCAAGGGCUAAGGGAUGAUUUUCAGUUUUCCAGGUUAGGAGUUUCAAUUGGUUUAUCCCCAGAGUAACAUAUAAUGCUAAUAAGUCUGAACAUAGAACCUGACACCUAAGGCUUGCUCAGAAAAAUCUCUCUCUAUAGUCCUCAGAGUUUCAGUUAUCUAUGGGGCUAAAAUUCCUCCCCUGAUAUCACAGCUCCCCAAAGUUCAUAAAGUCAUAGUGAAGGAAAGAAAUAAAAUAGCUGCUUUCUUCUCCUUAGAUGUCCUCCCCUCCUACGCCCUGGUGGGAGAGAAUAAAUGAAGCAUUUCUUCCUCCUCUGCCCUCAAAUUGACAGAUAAUUAUGUAUUUUCAAUCUCAUCUUGGUUUGUAAUGACUCAUAGACUUAAAGACUGAGGCCCAGAGAGGUCAACUUACUUUCCUAAGGUUAAACAAAGGGACUACAAGGACUAGAACCCAAAUCUCCUGCAUAGCAGACCACUGAUUUUUCUCCUCUACUCAAGGCCACUUUGGCCUUUUCAUCUCAGUGCAACCUAUUUUCAGAUAUCAAUCCAUAUCAUGCAAAUGUCUCAUGAUGAGACCCAAAGAGAAGACCAAACUCCAGCCUACUGAUUAGCUACUGUUUCACCUGGGCUUUUUUUCUUCUAGGACUAACCUAAAAACAGCUUCUUUCUCCACACCUUUAAAAAAAAAAAAAGAAGAAAAAAAAUUCAUCUUGUUCCCACACUAUUGGCCA